AUGGCUGAGGCACUCAGCGUCUGGAUUCUGGAGGGAGCGGACGCAGAAGGAGCGGACGCAGACGGAGCGGCUCGUCUGUUCCAGCUCUUCAUGCUGCUUCUGGUCCAGCUGUUCACAUUCCAGUCUGAGAACUAUUCAGAAACUGGAUCUGCACCUCGGGACGGUUCUGAAUGGACUUGUGGGAAGUUCUCACAGAUCCAGAUGUUCCAGCUGUCAGAAAUCAGGAGCUGCUGCUGGUUUGGAUAUGGACUGAACAGAACCGCCGCCAUGCAGCUACAGCAGCUGCUGCUGUGGACCGGAACCGCAGAGCCUGAGCUGCAGCAUAGGGCAAGCAGUUUAACACUUAAUAACGGCCUGUUCAUCGGGGAGCGGCUCGUUGGCUCGGCAGGACGAUGGGGCCAGAGUCUGCUGUUGUGCCUCAUCGUGGCGGCGUGUUUCCAAGGCAACGCCGCCCAGACCACAGUCUGCACCCAAGAGGCCGUAGCUGACCUGGUCUUCCUGGUGGACGGCUCAUGGAGCAUCGGCACCGAGAACUUCGAUCAGAUCCGUCAGUUUCUCUACUCGCUGGUCAACAGCUUCGACGUCAGUCCCGAUCAUGUCCGGGUCGGCCUGGUCCAGUACAGCUUCACGCCGCGUACCGAGUUCCAGCUCAACACCUUCCAGGACAAGAAGGAGAUCCUGGAGUACAUCGAGAGCCUACCGUAUUCGGGAGGCGGAACCAACACCGGGAGGGGCCUGGACUUCAUACUGAACAAGCACUUUGUGGAGUCAGCUGGGAGCCGCGUGGCGCAGAGCGUGCCGCAGAUCGCCGUGGUCAUCACCGACGGAAAAUCACAGGACGAGGUGGAGCUCCAUGCGGAGAGGCUGAGGAACAAGGGGAUCAUUUUGUACGCCAUCGGCAUCAAGGACGCAGACGCAGAUGAGCUGAAGCAGAUAGCAAACCGGCCGUACAGUCAACACGUCCACAGCGUGUCGGACUUCUCCGCUCUGCAGGGCAUUUCCCAGAACAUCGUCCAGACACUCUGCACCACCGUGGAGGAGGCCAAGAGACAAGUUCAGCAGAUGUCUCAAGAAUGUGCCGUAGCCAACAUGGCCGACAUCGUCUUUCUGGUCGAUGGCUCUUCCAGCAUUGGCAUCCCCAGCUUUCAGCAAGUUCGGUUGUUUCUCCAAAACGUUGUCUCCGGUCUUGACAUUGGCCCAGACAAAGUCCGUGUCGGCCUGGCUCAGUACAGUACCAACCCUCACAAAGAGUUCCUGUUGAAGGAGCACCUGGACGCUCCGUCUCUGAUGACUGCAAUACAGAAAUUUCCCUAUCGGGCCGGAGGCACGAAUACCGGCAAGGCCAUAGACUUUCUGAUUUCAGAGUACUUCACGGAGGAGGCGGGCAGCCGAGCGAGUCAGAGAGUGCCUCAGAUCGCUGUGGUCAUCACUGACGGAGACUCGUCAGACAACGUGAUGGAGCCUGCCCGGCGACUGCGAGAACAGGGGGUCAUCGUCUUCGCCAUCGGGGUGGGAAAGGCCAAUCUGGAGGAGCUGGAGAACAUCGCUAACCAGCCGUCACAGCGCUUCCUGUUCACCAUCGACAGCUACGAGGCCCUCCAGAGGCUGACGGGGGGUCUGCUGCAAACCGUCUGUGUCUCCAUGGAAGACCAAAGACAAGCUUUGGCAGAGAAGUUUGCAGACAUCUUCUUCCUGGUGGACGGCGGUAUGACACAAACACAGUUCCAGCAGGUCAGAACGAUCCUCGCCCGACUGGCCAAUCAGGUUAACUUUGGAGCUUCUGCCUAUCGCCUGGGCUUGGCCCAGUACAGUGAACAAGUGAAGGUGGAGUUUCUCCUCAACCAGCAUCAAACCAAAGAGCAGAUCCAGGCUGCAGUGAAGAGCUUCCAAUAUCUCCGACUUCCAUCUGCUGCAAAACGAAACCUGGGCGCCGCCUUGAGCUACGCCAGCACUAACUUUUUCACCAAGGAGGCGGGAAGCCGAGCAGAUCAAGGCUACAGACAGUUCCUGGUUGUUAUGAGUGGGAGUGACUCCAGCGAUCAAGUGUUUUACGGAUCCCGUCAAAUCCAGUCAGAAGCCAUCACUGUGGUGGGGAUGAGCCUCGGAGAGUCCAUGGAGGAGCUACGCGUGGUUGCCACUGGACAGCAUGUCUACCAGGUCAACACCACUACUGUUCCUCUGCUCAGACGGAUCUUUGAGACCGAGGAACCCGAGACAUUUCUGACUCAAGAUUGCAGAGCCGCCAAACUGGCCGAUAUCGUGUUCAUCGUGGAUGAGUCGGGAAGCAUCACUGUCGAAAACUUCCAGCUGGUGCGGUCCUUCCUGUACUCGAUCAUCAGUGGCCUGGAGAUCGAUCCAAACAGAGUUCGAGUGGGGAUCGUGUUGUACAACGAACAACCCAAAGCACAGGUCUACCUCAACACAUUCAAGGAGAAAACCGAACUACUGAACUUCAUCAAAAUCCUGCCUUACCGUGGAGGUGGUACGAGCACAGGGGCUGCCCUGAACUUCACGGGAAAGAACGUCUUCACCACAGAGAAAGGGAGCAGGAAGGAUAAAGGUGUGGAGCAGGUGGCCAUAGUGAUCACUGAUGGAGAGUCUCAGGAUGACAUGAGCCAGGCAGCAGCUGAGCUUCGACGUUCCGGAGUCACCAUUUAUUCCGUGGGAGUCCAAAACGCCAAUGAGGACGAGUUGAGGCAGAUAGCCUCCCAUCCUCCACAGAAACAUGUCUUCAUGGUGGACAGCUUCGCCAGACUGAAAUCGCUGGAAGAGCACCUGCAGAAAACACUGUGCUACAACAUCAUCCGCCAGGCGGUGUCAGUCAGCGCAAGACGAUCCGGCAUCAGAGAAGGCUGCGUCCAAACAGAUGAAGCUGAUAUCUUCUUCCUCAUCGACCACUCAGGAAGUAUUUACCCGUCUGAUUUUCAAGACAUGAAGAAGUUCAUCCUGGAGUUUAUCAACAUUCUCCGUAUUGGACCACAACAUGUCCGCAUAGGAGUCACAAAAUACGCAGAUUUGCCAGAACUGGAAUUUGAUCUGACAACCUAUUCUGAUCAGGAGACGCUGAAGAAAGCGGUGGAGGAGAUCAGGCAGGUGGGAGGCGGCACAAAUACUGGGAAAGCUCUGGAGUUCAUGAGUCCGCUCUUUGAGAGAGCCACGGUGAGCCGCGGUCACAAAGUUCGAGAGUACCUGGUGGUCAUCACUGAUGGAGAGUCUGCAGAUAAGGUCAAGGCUCCUGCAGAGGCUCUGAGGGCGCAAGGCGUGAUCACCUACGCCAUUGGGGUGAAGGACGCUGUCGUGGGAGAACUGGAAGAGAUUUCUGGCAACCCAAAGAGGAUGUUCUUCGUUAACAAUUUUGAUGCUCUCAAUCCAAUCAAGGACGAUAUCAUCACUGACAUCUGUUCCACAGAUGUUUGUAAAGAUGUACCGGGUGACCUGCUGUUCCUCAUCGACAGCUCUGGAAGUAUUCACCCAGACGACUACAACAAGAUGAAGGACUUCAUGAAAUCUAUCAUCAGCACGUCUUUUGUUGGCAGGAAUGAGGUUCACGUUGGUGUGAUGCAGUUCAGCAGCAGCCAGAAGCCAGAGUUCUCCCUCAUUGAGCACUUCACCAAAAAGGACAUGAUGGUGGCCGUUGACGGCAUGACACAGAUGGGCGGAGGAACGAAGACCGGUGCAGCCAUCUCAGCGGUGUCCCAGCUGUUCGAUCGAGCCAGGGGAGGACGGCCUGACCUGCCGCAGAGGCUGGUGGUGAUCACUGAUGGCGAGGCUCAAGACAACGUCAAAGCUCCUGCUGAAGCGCUGAGGGCCAAGAGCGUUCUGGUUUACGCCAUUGGAGUGAUGAAGGCCAACACCACGCAGCUGCUGGAGAUCAGCGGCUCUGCAGACAGGAUGUACGCUGAGAGGGACUUCGACGCUCUGAAGGAUCUGCAAAGACAGCUGUCCCUAGAUCUGUGUGAUCCAGAGAGAGACUGCAAGAAGACCGAACAGGCAGACAUCAUCUUCCUGGUGGACGGCUCCACCAGCAUCACCCUGAACAAGUUCAGAAGCAUGCAGAAGUUCAUGCACUCCAUGGUGAACCAGACCACGGUGGGCAAAGACCUGACUCGCUUUGGCGUCAUCCUCUACUCCACCUUACCCAAAUCUGUCUUCACUCUGAGUCAGUACGGUACCAGACAAGAGGUUUUUAAAGCCAUAACAGACCUGAGGCCCCCGUUAGGAGACACAUUCACUGGGCGGGCCCUGACAUAUUCAUUGCAGUUCUUCGGUGCUGAGCAUGGGGGGGCAGCGCUGAAGGUGCCUCAGAUCCUCAUGGUGAUCACAGACGGAGACGCUACUGACCGCUACAGUCUGUUGGCGCCGUCGGUGGCGCUCAGGAAGGCAGGAGUCAACGUGUUCAGUAUCGGGGUGGAAGGAGCCAAUGUGACCCAGCUGGAGAUCAUGGCUGGUAAUGAUCAGUCCAAGGUUUUCUACGUGGACAACUUCAAAGCCUUGGAAACCCUCUACAAGAACAUCAGCCAGGUGCUCUGCAACUUCACCAAGCCAGUUUGUGAGAAGCAGCAGGCUGACCUGGUUUUCCUGGUCGACCAGUCUGGCAGCAUCAGCUCCAACGAUUACUCCAUCAUGAAGAACUUCACCAUUGAACUGGUGAACAGCUUUAAAGUCGGUGAAGAUUUGGUUCGCGUUGGUCUCGCCCAGUUCAGUAGCAACUUCCAGCAUGAGUUUUACCUCAACCAGUUCUACCAGGAGACGGAGGUUUCUGCCCACAUCUCCAGCAUGAGGAACCAGGGUGGAGGCACCAACAUUGGACUGGCUCUGACCUCCAUCAAGGAAUAUUUUGAAGCUUCUCGUGGCAGCCGGAGAUCUUCAGGAAUCUCACAGAAUCUAGUGCUGAUCACGGACGGAGAUUCCCAGGAUGAGGUGGAGCAGCCGGCCGAUCGUCUCAGAGCUUUGGGGAUUGAGAUGUUCGCCAUCGGCGUUGGCGACGUCCACGACCUGCAGCUGCUGCAGAUCACCAAGGACCCCAGGAAGAUGUUCACAGUGCAGAACUUUGACAGCCUGGAUGCCAUCAAACAGAAAGUAGUGAACACCAUCUGCAAGUCCAAACCUUCAACAGACCAACCUGACUGCUCCAUCGACGUCGCCAUGGGCUUUGAUAUCUCUCGGCGAAGCGGCGAGACUUUGGUGAGCAGCCAGAGCAAACUCCAGGCCUUCCUGCCAGAGAUCGCCCGCUACGUUUCCUCAGUGCCACGCCUGUGCUGCACAAGCGCCAUCACCCCCAGCCUGGCCUACCGCCUGGUGGCCAGGGACGGCCGCAUCCUGGACGACUUCAAGUUUGAGGCCUACAGCGAGGACGUGGUGAAAAAGGUCAUGACCUCCAGUGUGAGGGAGCCCACGUUCUUCAACGCGGCCCUGCUGCGGUCCUUCGAGGCGAAGUUCAGGGCCGAGUCCAGAACCGGCGUGAAGGUGCUGGUGAUCUUCUCAGACGGACUGGAUGAAGACGUGAUGACUCUGGAGAAGGAGUCUGAGAGGCUGCGGCAGUCGGGGAUCAGCGCGCUGCUGGUCGUGGCCCUGGAGGGCGCGCGUAACGCCGCCCAGCUGCAGAUGGUGGAGUUCGGCCGAGGGUUCGGAUACAAACUUCCUCUGACCAUCGGAAUGCCGAGCGUCGGGAGCGCCGUCCUCAAACAGAUCGACUCGGUGUCGGACCGGGAGUGCUGCAACGUCAUGUGCAAAUGUUCUGGACCAGAAGGAGUUCGAGGAUCCCGGGGCCGCUCGGGGUCAAAGGGCGUCCGGGGACAGAACGGUUACCCAGGUUUCCCAGGAGAUGAGGGCGGCGUCGGCGAGCGCGGCGCUCCCGGACCCAGCGGACCUCAGGGCGUCCAGGGCUGCCCCGGACUCAGAGGACAGAAGGUAGAAGCCAGCUCUGGGCGGCGUGGCCUGCGUGGGAACCGGGGGGAAGACGGAGAGGACGGGCUGAACGGGAUCAAUGGGGAACAGGGAGAAACGGGAAAAGACGGAGCUGGAGGAGAGAGGGGACAUCCAGGAAACCCGGGCAUCCCUGGAAUCAGAGGGGAGCUUGGGCCGGAAGGACAGCGAGGACUGAGAGGAGACCCGGGCCAGCCGGGCAGUGACAACACGGCUCCAGGACCCAAAGGAGAGGCCGGAUACCCAGGAUUACCGGGCGCUCCAGGAGAGGACGGACCACGAGGAGAGCCCGGAAUCACGGGAAACCCGGGUCAGGACGGGAGGCGAGGGAAUCCGGGUCAGAAGGGCUCGACAGGACCGUCCGGUUCCCCAGGUCCAAAUGGACCUGCAGGUGCUGCCGGGCCCCAGGGGCCCCGCGGCGUCCAGGGCCCGCCCGGACCCACAGGAGUGCCGGGCCUGACCGGACCUCAGGGCGCGGCGGGGCCGAUGGGAGAGGCCGGGCCGGUGGGUCGGCGCGGAGCGGUCGGACCCAAGGGCCAACCAGGAGAUCCAGGAGGACCUGGAGUUCCAGGACCGCAGGGACCCCAGAGGAGCUUCGGUAUGACACAGCAGGGUCAGGAUGGCAGAGACGGGAUCGGACCUCCGGGACCCGCCGGUGCCAAGGGAGAUCCUGGUUUCCCCGGUUACCCCGGCCUGAUGGGCGAGGACGGGCUGCAGGGGACCAAGGGAGAGCCGGGUCGCAAGGGGAACCGAGGCCGAGCGGGGAACGCGGGCCGGACCGGAGCGCCGGGAACGCCUGGAGAGCCGGGACAUCCAGGACACAGGUGGUGACUCUCCCGCAGGGAUCCCAGAGGAACGCCAGGGUUUCGUUCUCUAUCUGAGUGUCAGCUGGUCACCUACAUCCGGGACAACUGUGCGUGUUCCUUCGGUGACGCCGGCUGCCCGGCCUUCCCCACCGAGCUGGUCUUUGGUCUGGACAUGUCCAGCGGCGUGACGCCGGCCGCCUUCGAGAGGCAGCGCUCCGCCCUGCUGGCGCUGCUGGACGGCGUCCAGGUGGCGGAGAGCAACUGUCCGCGAGGCGCCCGCGUCGCCGUGGUGGGAUUCAGCAGCUACACCAAGUACCUGAUCCGCUUCCAGGACUACCGGAAAGCCCAGCUGACGGAGGCGCUGCAGAACAUCGCCCUGGAGAGGACGUCCAACAAGCCGCGGCUCGGCGCCGCCAUGCGCUUCGUGGGCCACAACGUCUUUAAGCGCGUGCGGGCCGGAACGCUGCUGAGGAAGGUGGCGGUUUUCUUUUCUGCCGGCGGCUCGGAGGACGACGAGGACGUUCUGACGGCGGUGAUGGAGUACCGCGCCAUGAACAUCGUCCCGGCCGUCGUCUCCCUGACCAGAGCUCCUGGGAUUCGGAACGCCGUGGAGGUGAGGCUCGGCGACUCCGCCAUCUUCACCCUGUUGACGCGGCAGGAGAACAUGGCCGCCCUGAGGAGGAUCAGCAGCUGCGCGAUCUGCUACGACCCCUGCAGACGCUCCUCAAACUGCUCCUUCAUCCUGGACCCGCCGGCCCCCCUGCAGGCCGAACUGGACCUGGCUCUGGUUCUGGACGGCUCCAGGGAGGUCCAAGCGGACCAAUACGCCGGCGCUCAGCAGCUGCUGGCCUCUGCGGUGGAUCAGCUGGCCGUCAGCGCUCAGCCCCGCCGGCCCGGCGCCCAGGCCCGGGUGGCGGCGCUGCAGGGCGACAGGCUGGAGUUCGGCCCGCAGACCUACCAGAACCGGGACGGGAUGAAGACCCACCUGCUGACGGCGCGGCAGCAGGGCGGCUCCUCGGCGCUGGACCGCACGCUGGACUCGGCCCUGAAGGAGGCGCUGCCGCCGCGGGCCGGCGGACCGCGCAGGAAGAGGGCGCUGCUGGCCGUGGUGGCGGCCCGGACGGCCCGGCGGGACGGCGCCGCGCUGCGCCGCGCCGCCCUCAGGGCCCGCUGCGGCGGCGUGGCCGUGUUCGUGGUGGCGGUGGGCGGACGCUACGACCAGACGCAGGUGGAGGAGCUGGCCGGCCUCCCGGUCCGGCAGCACCUGGUCCACGUACGCCGGCUGCAGGCCGAGGAGCGCGGCUACGUCCUGCGCUUCUUCAGGGUCUUCCUGUCCGCUCUCAACAAGGGACUCAUCGGGUCUCCUCUCGCUUCUGCCGACUGUGAGGAUCUGACCGACCCGGAAGGAGGACAAACCGGCUUCACAGAGGUGGAGGCCGACGGCGGGCAGCAGGGCUUCCAGGAGCAGACCGGCGGACAGACCCAGACGGACCUGCUGGACGUCAUCCUGACUUCGGGCAGAGGAGACGGUCAGACGGUGGAGCUGGGAGCAGACCUGAACGCCCAGUGUCGGCUGGAUGUUGAUUUCGGGUUCCAGUGUACCGAUUUUGUCCAGCGGUGGUUCUUUGACAGAACCGUCGCUGCUUGCGCCCCCUUCUGGUUCGGCGGCUGUGGCGGCAACGCCAACCGCUUUAGCUCGGAGCAUGAAUGUUUCCGGACGUGUGGCGUCCAGAAUCCCAACAAGAGGCUGCAGCCGGAGAUCGCGGUCUUCUCUAGAGACGCCUGCCUCCAGCGCCAGGACCCCGGCGGCUGCCAGGACUACGCCAUGAUGUGGUUCUUCGACACCGUUCAGAACGAGUGCGCCCGGUUCUGGUACGGCGGCUGCGACGGCAACGCUAACCGCUUCGAGACGCAAGAGGAGUGCGAGAACCUGUGUCUGACGCACAGCCGAUGAGGAGGUCGAAGGUCGUGUCUGGAGAGGAAACCGCAGGACUUGAUGUCACCAGAAGGAGGCGCUUUCUUCUUCCUGAUGGACUGCAGGACCCUGAAGGGUCACACUCAGGACGUUCUUCCAGGUUUCCCAACUAACGUUUGAAGACCUUUGAUCACUACAUCUGGAUUUAUCUCCAGCAGCAUGACGAUCCAAACCAGAACUGGUUCUUCCUGUUCAUCCGUUCAGUUUUAGCUGCAGGGAAAACCGGACCAGAACCAGAACAUCAGCGUUAGCACUCCUGUCCAGACCGAUCCGGGGAUAAUCCAGAGGUGGUGAGCAGACGAUUGGAUCCGUCCGGGUUCUGUCCGUAGGUCCAGAUCCAAAUGGACCUUUCCUGGAACCGUGAAGUUUGUCUUGGGAACCUUAGUUGGGAAAAGCUCCUCAGCUUGGAAACAGAAAACUCUGAGUGACCCUUCAGGGCCUCCGUAGAACUCCCAUUGGACCGACGCGGUUCUUCCCAUCCUCGGAUCAGGUGCUAUUUUUACGAAAGCGGGUCGGUCCGUAGAUGGUCAUGUUUAAAGUUUCUGUAAAGUGUUUUAGCAAAACAGCAGCGCCCCCUUCAGGCCUGUCCAAGCAGCUCUGCUUUUACUGACGCACCCCCUGCUGGUGGAAAUAUGUAACAACACUUAAAUUCAUGUCAAAAUCUGAAACCAAUAAUCUAUAAAUAUCUUCAAUAUGAAAAUGUUCCCAAAGGUUCUGGAACAGGCCCGGUUCUUCCUCAUGUAUUGGUCCGCUCUCUUCCAAGCUCCUCAGAACCAGAACCACCCUGCUGUUGCCUGGUAACAACAGAUCUCCUUGGUCUCAAACAGCUGGUUCUGGUUCUGAUCCACCUGGCUGACGGGUCAGAAGCUGAACCACUGCAAAAUGCAGAACUGUUCAGGAACCGGGUUUGAGUUUAGAACCCGUCAGUGAGUGUCCAAACUUCCUGACAGGCUCUGUUCAUACCGGAACCAGAACCAAUGAGAACGUGUGAUGUAACGGCUGCAGAAACCCAAAUAAACGAACCAGAACCGGUUCAUAUGAAGCUC